AUGAUGAAAGAUCGGGUAAAUUCACCUGCCGAAAAGCAAAGUGAUGGAAUUAAUACGGAAUUCCCUGAAAAGGUCAUCACAGAAAAUGUAACCACCUUUCAAUGUGAUGAAUGCGACGCAAACUGUACACGCAAAAAUAAGUUAAAAGCGCAUAUGUUGAAGAAACAUAACACUACGUUAACUGAUCAGGGUAAGCGUUCAAAAUGUACAUUCCCUGGUUGUGAAGAGACUUUUUACCACAAAAGUAGAAUGAUAUCACACCUAAACACAUUCCAUGGUACGAAGACAAACGUUCGUAACUUGGUAUUUGAGGACGAACAGAUGUUCAUGGAAUGGAAAGAAAAAGAAGAAUUAGAUAAACACAUAUAUUUUUCAAAACAAAGAGGGGAUGGUGACUCUAAAUUAACGAAAUACGCUUAUUACGUUUGCCAGCAUGACGGGGACGGAAGAUCGCAUAGAAAAAAAGGUGAACCAGCUCGAAAAACAGAGAAAAAAUUUAAACGCGGUCAGAUUAAAACAGGACGCUUUUGCCCAGCUAGAUUGACCUGUCACAUGGACAAAGUUAAUAAAGAAAUUAGAGUAGAGUAUAUCACAUCUCAUAGCCACGCAGUCAAUUUAGAAAAUACUGUUUUUCAACCCAUACCAUCAACCAUCCGCCAGGAAAUAAAGGCAAAACUGUCUAUUGGUAUACCAGUCAACGAAGUAUACAAGGACUUACGUGACGGGAUGGGUAACCGUAAUACCAGGGAAAACGACUCAAAAAUGACGCGGGCACAUCUGGUCAGUAAGAGCAAUGUUACUGACAUAAAAAGACACAUGAAAUACGGUAGAAGGCUACACCCUGAUGACAGCACAUCAACUCACUUGUUGGUGAAAAAAUUAGAAAUGGAAAAUUACAACUGUAUUAUUGUGUAUAAGCCACAGGGACAGUCAGUUGUUAUUGGGCCAAAAAUGUACGAUGAUAUCGAUAUCAAAAAGGAUCUCUUUGCAAUCGGAAUUCAAACAAGGGAACAGCUGGAAAUGUUCAUUAAGGGUGCAAACAAAGUACAUUGUAUAGAUGGCACCCACAGCACGAACAAGUAUGAGUUCCCAUUGACAACUGUGAUCGUGCCGGAUGAAUUUAAUAAAGGUUAUCCAGUGGGUUGGUUGAUAUCCAAUCGAAAUGACGAAUUAACUCUCCGGCCAUUCUUAGAAGAAAUAAAAAGCAGAUGUCCUGACGACUUCACAGUUAACUGUUUGAUGACAGACGAUGAUAAUUCCGGAUGGAACGCAUUUUCUGCUGUUUUUGGAGAAACUAAGCACCUUCUGUGUAAGUGGCACAUAACCCGGGCUUGGCGCAGGAAUCUGAAAUUAGUUCCAGAAAGUCAGCAAGAUGAAGUAAUGCAACACCUUUUGGUUAUUUUAAAUGAAAAAGAUGCUUCACAAUUUGAAAUUCUGCAAAGGGGAUUCCUCAAAAAAUGUUCUGUAAUUGCUCCUGCUUUUGCCAAGUACUUUUAG